AAUGAGGUAAAACCCGAGGAAGAGAUUAAGAGGCUGGUACCUCCCGAGUACCAUGACUUCCGGAAAGUCUUUUCUAAACAUAAAUCAGAGCGCUUCCCAGAGGCUAAGCCUUGGGACCAUGCUAUAGAUUUGAAGGACACAUUCAAACCUAGAAAGGGACACAUGAUUCCCUGCUUUCUUGCAUUGGUAUUGCAUAGAAUCCAGCAUGAAAGUCCAUAA